AUGGCGUUCAAUUUUGACGCUCAAGAAAUCCUGGAUAGGGCUCUCGACCUCUGGAACUCCAUCCCUCAGGCUGGCCAGUGGGCUUUGGCCGGCCUUGGGGCGCUCUACGUUGCUCAACCAGUGCUGUCGUUCAUUCAACUGUUCCUCAACUGUUUCAUCCUCAGCGGCACAAACCUCCGCAAGUAUGGCAAGAAGGGAACAUGGGCCGUCGUCACCGGCGCAUCGGAUGGCCUCGGCAAGGAGUUCGCUUCGCAAUUGGCCGCCAAGGGCUUCAACCUCGUCCUCGUUUCUCGCACCCAGUCCAAACUCGACACCCUGGCGCGCCAUUUGGAGCUGAGAUGGUCCGGACUGCAGACCAAGACACUUGCGAUGGACUACUCCCAAGAUAACGAUGCCGACUACGAGCGUCUAGCCGAGCUGAUCUCGGGCUUGGAUAUCGGCAUCUUGGUCAACAACGUCGGUCGGUCGCACAGCAUCCCCGUACCGUUCCUUGAGACCGCUCGCGAAGAGCUCCAGGACAUCAUCACCAUCAACUGCCUCGGCACCCUCAAGACCACCCAAGUCGUUGCGCCGAUCCUGGCAAAGCGCAAGAAGGGCCUCAUUCUUACCAUGGGCUCAUUCGCCGGUGUCAUGCCCACCCCCUACCUCGCCACCUACAGCGGCAGCAAGGCUUUCCUGCAACACUGGAGCAGCUCGCUGGCCUCGGAGCUCAAGCCCCACGGUGUCGAUGUCCAGCUCGUCGUCAGCUACCUGGUUACCACUGCCAUGAGCAAGAUCCGCCGCACCAGCCUUCUCAUCCCGAACCCGAAGCAGUUUGUCAGCUCGGCGCUGAGCAAGGUUGGGUUGACUGGAAACGAGAUGUUCCCCAACACUUACACGCCUUGGUGGAGCCAUGCUGCCUUCAAGUGGGUGAUUGAGUCCACGGUGGGUGCAACCAGCGGCGUGACGAUCUGGUUCAACCGGAAGAUGCACGUUGAUAUCCGCACUCGGGCACUGCGGAAAGCUGAAAGGGAGGCUAAGAAGCAGUGA